UUUCCGGAAAGAGUUUUGCCUCAAAUGCGUUCGACAAGAAGUUGUGGUAGAUUUUUUAAACUCGGUCAUUAGAGUCUGCAAGGAAUUUACCGAAUCAUCUCGUGAGACAGUAACUAGCUACCCUCCGUCAUUGAUACUGAUAUUAGCAGGUGUGAUGCAUCAAUUGGAACGAUCACACAUUAGCUAUUUGGUUAGUUAUGCCGAUGAGAAAUUCUCACCUUUUGAGAAAGGAAAGAACCCACCAACUCCAAUUGAUUCAAUUGUUACCGAAGCUAAGACAACAGCUGAACUGCUCAUCAAUCACUACGUACGGAUGCAGGGACAAGUGUUAGCCCAAAUGAUACGUAAAAGUGUGGAGACGAGGGACUGGCUGAACACUAUUGAGCCUCGUAAUGUCCGCUCCGUCAUGAGAAGAAUGGUGGAAGAAGUGACAGUCAUUGACAAACAGGUUGGACUACUUUUUGAAGAAGGAUUUCGGAAAAGUGACGGAUCAGAAACAAGUCGAACCUUCACAUACAGUGUCACUAAAGGUGGCAAUGGAGGUUACCCCUACUCUUCAAGCCACAGUGGGUUGGGUGACUCCAGUUUGCUUAGUAACAUUCAAAAGUUGUUUUUCGAGAAGAUUGAAGUCUUUGGAAAUGUUGAAUUUACCAAAUUAUCAAUUGUGACUGGAGUCAUAAAGAUUGCAUUGAAGGCUCUUGUUGAGUGUGUACGUUUAAGAACAUUCGGUAAAUAUGGUCUACAGCAAAUGCAAGUUGACGCUCAUUAUCUUCAGAUCUACUUAUGGAGAUAUGUCAGUGAUGAGCAGUUAGUUCGUGUUCUACUUGAUGAGGUCAUUAGUAGUACAAUCGGAAGGUGUAGAGAUCCUGUUCUUAUGGAGCAAAGUGUGGUUGAGUUAAUUUGUGAAAACUCAUAAUGAGAAGGAACAUUGUACGUGUUGAUAGAACAUGCUUUAUAUUCUUAAUAUUUUGCUGUUUAUUGUUGUUGUUAUUGCUUUCAAUAGAAGACAAUAUUAUUUAUUGUUAUUAUUAUUUUAUGAUGAGAAAGAUCAACAGAUGACAAGAUAAA